AUGACUCGUGUUGCUAUAGUCGGAGAGGGAGUAAUCGGUACUUCGACAGCUUUAGCACUCAAAAAACUCCGGCCAAAUGUACAGAUCACCAUCUUCCAUGACAGACCAUUCGAAAAGGCAUGUUCUGCUAUGCCUGCUGGAUUGUUUCGCUUUGAUAAUCUCAAUGACAGAGCCGAUGCAAAGACAACGUUCGAUUGGUACGCCGAACUGUGUCGUCAAAAACCUGGCACCGUUACCGGCGUGAAGUUGGUUUCUGGCCAUAUUCAAUCUGACGACAUAGAGGCUUUAAAGGGACAGGAACGUGCUUAUGGUGAUAUUGUCUAUAAUUUUCGUUAUCUUACUGAACGAGAGAUUGAAAGCCUGUUCCCUGAUCCAUCGAGAUACGCCAUCCAUUUCACAUCCUAUGCUGCCGAAGGAAAUCAAUAUGUACCGUUUCUGAAAAAGCAGUUAUUCAGUGCUGGGGUUGUCUUUGUCCGAAGAACAAUCAAUAGCAUUGAUGAGUUAGCUGAAGAAGGCUUCGACUUCAUCGUCAACUGUGCUGGAUUGAACGCUGGGAAGCUAGCCGGUGACGAUGACGGUGUAUAUCCCAUUCGUGGUGUAGCAUUCGAGGUCGAAGCACCUUGGCAUAAACAUUUCAACUACCGCGACUUUUCAACAUUUACUAUUCCUAAAAACAAUUGCAUCAUUGUUGGCUCAGUGAAGCAGGCAAAUCGUAACGACACCGAAGUCACUGAUGAAGAUCGACAUGAAAUAUGGGAACGUUAUGGAAAGCUACAUCCAGCAAUGAAGGGAGCAAAAAUCCUCAGCGAAUGGUGUGGCUUGCGACCGGCUCGAGCAUCUAUACGUGUAGAGGCUCGGGAGAAGACGACGAAGACUGGGAAGAAAUAUACGUUAGUUCAUCAUUAUGGACACGGUGGUCAUGGCUUUACCAUUGGCUGGGGUACUGCUUGUCGUGCUGCAGCUCUCAUUGAUCAAGCACUGAUGGAAAAAGCUAAACUGUAA